AUGGCGUUAAAGCGGCCUGGAGAUACUCGAUGGAGUUCGCAUUAUGGUACUCUUAUCAACUUGAUGCAAUUGUUUUCUUCGAUUAAUGAUGUUCUUGUAUAUGUGGGGGAGAAUGUUCAUGAGUAUCCACAUAGGGCUGAAGCUAAUGAUGUGUCAGCAAUAAUUAAUCUCUUUGAGUUUGUCUUUCAAAAAGCACGUUUGCAAAUGUUGAGGGAAGAAGGUUGGGAGGGUUUGCUUAAUGAAGUUUCUGAGUUCUGUAACAAAUAUGAGAUAAAUGUCCUUGACAUGGAAGAUGAGUUUGUGCCUCGAGGAAAAGUAAACCGUAGAGCUGAAAAAAGGAAGAAUCUCCACUAUUAUCGAGUUGAGAUAUUUUAUUCUGUGAUUGACAUGCAAGCUCAAGAGUUAAACCAUCGUUUUGGUGAAAUUAACACAGACUUACUUUCAUGUAUGGCAUGUUUUGAUCCUAGAGAUUCAUUUUCUGCGUUUGAUUUGGAGAAGCUGCUUCGUCUUGCUAGUUAUUAUCCAUCAGAAUUUUUUGGAGUUGCUUUGAAAGAGCUUGAAAAUCAACUUGAAAGCUUUAUUUUUGAUGUGCGGAUAGACGAAAAUUUUUCACAAGUAUUUGGGAUUGGUGGUCUUGCUGAGAAGAUGGUUUCUACAAGAAAGUAUAAAAAUAUUCCAUUAGUUUAUUUGUUAGUCAAGUUGUCAUUGAUCUUGUCGGUUGCUACUGCCUCAGUGGAAAGAGCUUUUUCAGUAAUGAAGAUCAUCAAGAGUACUCUACGUAAUAGUAUGGGAGAUCAACUGUUACAUCAUUGCUUAGUUCCUUACAUUGAAAAGGAUGUCUUUGUUCAUGUUAGUAAUGAAACUAUUAUGCAGCGAUUUCAGAAGAUGAAAAAUAGAAGAGAAAUGUUAUGA